UGGGGACCGGUAGUGGAACACUCUUGAGCUGUUUCCGGCCACCUCAGCGGGAAGCGGAGACGCAAGCAGUUGUCUCUUAGGGAACUGAGGUGGAGGUGUGACUGCUGCUGCCGCGGAGGAAGUGAGGACGACGCCCCGGGCCAGUGUUGGGUCCCUAAAGCCAGCGAAAAUGGUGUUACUGACGAUGAUCGCCCGAGUGGCAGACGGGCUUCCGCUGGCCGCCUCCAUGCAGGAGGACGAACAGUCUGGCCGGGACCUUCAACAGUAUCAGAGCCAGGCUAAGCAACUCUUUCGAAAGUUGAAUGAACACUCCCCUACCAGGUGUACCUUGGAAGCAGGAGCAAUGACUUUUCACUAUAUUAUUGAGCAGGGAGUGUGUUAUCUGGUUUUGUGUGAAGCUGCCUUCCCUAAGAAGUUGGCUUUUGCCUACCUAGAAGAUUUGCACUCAGAAUUUGAUGAACAGCAUGGGAAAAAGGUGCCUACUGUGUCUAGACCUUACUCCUUUAUUGAGUUUGAUACCUUCAUUCAGAAAACCAAGAAGCUAUACAUUGACAGUCGUGCUCGGAGAAACCUAGGCUCUAUCAACACUGAAUUGCAAGAUGUGCAGAGAAUCAUGGUGGCCAAUAUUGAAGAAGUGUUACAACGAGGAGAAGCACUCUCAGCAUUGGAUUCAAAGGCCAACAAUUUGUCCAGUCUGUCCAAGAAAUACCGCCAGGAUGCGAAGUACUUGAACAUGCGUUCCACUUAUGCCAAACUUGCAGCGGUAGCUGUAUUUUUCAUCAUGUUAAUAGUGUAUGUGAGAUUCUGGUGGCUGUGAAGUAGUGAAUCCAGUCAUUGAUAAGGGAGAACCUAGAACCUGGCAGGUGUAAGUUUUCAGGAAGCUGAGCUCACAGAAAUGUGUAUUAGAAUCCAAGAGGAACUUCUGCCUCUAAAGACCUUGCAAGAAAAGACAUCCUGAAAAUGAAAGAGUACGCCUCAUUUAAUGAAGCUUAACCCUUUGUGGAAAGUCUCUUUUGGGGGCAGAGGCUUUCUCUGGGUGCUAAGCCAUAUAUGUUAGGGAACAGUAGAUUAUUUUAUUUUGUUUUUCCCCUCCCAGUACAUUUUUAACAGCACUGACUGGGCAUUCUCAUUCUCAAUGGAGCCAUUAGUGAGAUUUAAGGUAGCCAAUCUGUGCUAGCAAUAUUCUGAAAUUCCUUCAAAGAAGGCAACCCUUUGGGAAGUUCUUUUGACUUUAAUCAACAUUCCUUUUGUUGGUGACAUUUGUGAUUUUCAGUAAUCUGAGUUUUUUCUGCCUUUCAAACAAGACUCCAAGUAUGUGAAGGUUAAUUACUGUGCUGCACCAAUCCUGUCUGUUGGCCCCUAUAGGAAUUAACCUUUGUUGUUUUCCUUUUAUGAUAUUUUGCUUGUUGCACAAUUGCUGUAGGGUUAAAUGAAUUAUAUUAAGAUGCCUUGAAAUUAUAAAGCACUCCUUGAUUAAGAAGCUAAAAUUUUUCUCUUAUUUACUCUUUAAACAAAAGACUUAGUUUGGGACAUUAUUAAUUUUAUUUCUCAGCUUUUUGUUUAUAUUAUUAUAAAAGCAGGUAUAGCAUAGGAUUGCUAGAGGCCCCUGGCUUAAAGAGAAGGCCCAGCUCAGUACUACAGCUUUGUCUUGCCCCUUACUUACAUUAUAGUUUUCCCUACUCUGUUUUUUUUUCCUGCUAACAUUUUAAAAAUUCCCCUUUAUCCAUUAGUUUCAUGUCCCAUGAACAUCCUUUCAGGAUAUUGUCACAUUUCAAAAUGGAAACUGUUCAGCUAUAUAGUUAAUUAAAUUUGAAAUCUCUGCAGAUGAACUAAUCAUACUGCUACAUUUAUCUAAGCAAAUCUGAGAGCACCUCAUUCCUGUUUCAGUUUAUGCAAAGUAUUCAAGAAUGUUCUAAAGAUAGAAAAUUCAUUUAUAAUGACUUCUAUUAACCAAUAAAAGUAACUAUAAUUUUUUUUUCCUUUUUCACUCAGGGAUAAUUGGGGAUUUCCUUUUACCUUCUGACAUGGAAUUUUUUAAAAGGGGAUUAUAAUAGGCCUUUUGAAUAUUAAUGCCAGUGUCUACAAUAUAACCUAUAACUCCUGCACAUACUGCAAAUAUUUCUUUAAACUAUACAGGAAAAUAAGCCAACUUCUUAACAUCUUUAGAGGGAACUUUUAACUAGUAAGCAGUUUUAUAACCUUAAAGGAUCAUCAGAACCACUGUUCUGAUUCCUGGUAGGAAAAAAAAUAAUCUCAUUUCCUUAAAACAAGGCAAGUAGAAAUGCUUAUUUUAUUUCUGAUAACUUAACAGAACUAGGAUUUUUUUCUUCUUUCUAUUAUAGAUCUGUAUCUGCCAAUUAGAAUUUUAUGCAUGAAAUAUGAGGUUUCUUUUAUAGAGAAUAAGUGCUUUUAAGUCCCUAAAAGGCAUAUGACAAUUGGUAAUAAAACUGAAAACCUAAGUGGUAGUACCAUAGCAUUUGGUGCUUUUGUAGGAGUGGAGAGUGGCACCUUAUUGUUGAGAAGUUGCAUGCUGCAACCUAAUGGUCAGCAAUGAAAUAAAUCCUUCUAGAAUGUUCCCUUCAGUGUGAAGUUUUGUUAUCUAGUUAAUUUAUGUACACAUAUCCUUUCUAGGUACAUUUCCACCUAACCUCAUUGCACUAAUUAAAAAGAAAGGAUAUGAUAAUGAAGAAUAAAGGAAUAGGAAAGUGGUUUAAGAUCAGGGUAGUGAAAAAAUAACAGAAUAAGAUUCAUAAAUACAGCCCCAUUUGGGUUUUUGGUUUUUCCCCAUACUGGAAAUUGAACUCAAGGUCUCUCUACUACUGAGCUACAACCCUAGUCUUUUUUUAAAUUUUUGAUUCUGUAACAGGGUCUCACUAAGUUGCCCAGGCUGGCCCUCACAUUUUGACAUAGUCCUACUGCCUCCGCCUUUCAGGUAGCUGGGAUUACAGGCCUGUACCAUUGCCCAGCCCCUUUUGUUCUUAAUAGGAGUAGUGGGAAGAUCUAACUAGAUGAAUUGUAUCAGGAAUCAAACAAACAUCUAAAAUAGAAUGUGAUAAAUACUGUGUGAAGUUGUUGCAGGCACAUUAAGAAAGGAGAGUUAAUUUAUUUCAAGAGAAGGAGAAUGGGGCAUGUAGAGUUCAUAGCAUGUUCAAGUCAUAUGUAGAGAGAGUUAGGCAUAUUUUGGGAAUGUAACAACUUGGUUUAGCUUAACUCAAGUAGAGACAGUUGAGAUAUAAGGAAGAACUAGAAUGAUAUACUAUAAUAAAGGGUCUUGUCUAUAAUGCUAAGGAGUUUAGACUUUAUUAAUGGCCAUAGCACAGGAUAGCUAGUUAUAGUUUCAAAUGAUCAUUUUGGCCAUAGUGUAAAAGAUACAUUGGAGAAGGAAAACCUGAAAUAGGGUGUUAAAACCAAGGACUUGUCAGACAAGUCAGGUUUAGGCCAGUUUCAAAUGAUUUUCAAGAAAAGAGUAAUUAGAGAUACCAGAUAACAUAACACUUUGUUUUUUAGAAGGUUUUUAAAUUAUUCUUGCAUUGACUCAACCCUUUGAUGGUCACAGCAUUCUAUGAAUAAAGAAACUUUAUAAAGAAUGCUACUCAGAGGCACAUUAAGUAAAUUGCCCAGUCACAAAGCUAAAAAUUGAUGGAGCCAAGAUUUGAACCUAGGCAGCUGGAUUUUUAGAAUCAGUGCUUUUAAACAAAAUACGGAACUAUCAAACAGUCAAAUAAACUUAAGUACCCAAAAAAAAUAUAUUUUGAAUUUAACAACCAGGAACUUAAUCCUGUAGGCUGAAAUGAUUCCAGAGAGCUGAGGACAAAGUCAGAUUGCAGUGAGUUGAGGAUUGGCACAUUGUACACACAUCUGGUUAUUUAAAUGUCUUUAACACUGAUCAUUAAACUUUGUGAGAAAUCUUUGAAAAUCUGACGAAAUGUAUGUGCCUUUACCCCCAGAAAAUAUUCUUAUGUACAUGCAUAUCAAGUGUCACAAACCAUUUCAGGCUAUUCAAGGACCCUAAAGCUUUUUCAUGACCUAGUGGUCGAUGGUCCCUCAGUUAAGAACUCCAAUAUAUAGGAUGUGGGACUCAAAGGUUAAGAACCCAGAAGCUUUGGACACUGUCUAGUUGUGGUGAGUCUGAAAAAUUCUACAGUUUGAACAAACUUUUUAGAUGAGAUGUAUUCUUGAAAAACUAUGUGUACAGAUACGUUUAUAUCAAAUAAUAUUUCCCCGUACUACAAUCAGAGAUCUGGUUCUGCUGAUUUUUUUGUUGUUGUUCUAGUUUCUCUAUAUCAAAAUUAAGGAUUUUGAAAUUUUUAUUUUCUGCUUUUACUAGUAAGAUGUCUUCUUACAAAGGCAAGUUAAAAAGAAGUCACUUCUGUACACAUAGGAUUUAAUAAAACAUGUAUAGUAAAAUAUCUCAUAAUUUAAAUUCUUCCUUAUUGAUAGUUCACUAUUAUGAUAGUGAAAACUCCCACCUCAGUUUUCACUUCUAUUCUAAGCUUGAGUGUUGUUGAACACACUGUAAAGGCUUUUAGUGUGUUUAGCACAAUUAACUAAACCCCAUCUGGUAGGGUAUUUUUCAGGCAGUUCAAAAGGAAGGCAACAAACACGGUUAUGUAGAUGUUGUUUUUGUGAUUGCUUAUUAACUAACUGGACCAAAUAACUGGUAUUGUAAAGAUGACUCCCCCACCAAGAAAAUAUUUUACUAUGAAUGACAUAGUUUGAGAUACAAUGAGCAAAUUGAAUUUCACAUCCUAUUCUUACUCAUGAUUAUUGUCAGGCAGAAUUGACACUUCAGGUAAAACUGUCUCAGGCAAUUUAAUCAUUUAGUUCUUAAAAAGCUUAUUUCAAGGGCUGUAACAAUCCAUGUUUUAAAUUAGAAAAAUCACUGGAGGUUGGACUUUCAUAUAGUAAUAUACACUGGACUAAUUUUUCUCUCAUAAUCUUCAUUUGUUGAGUAUUAAGUAUUGGACAACUUAUGGGUAUUAUAAUCUUUGUAGCCAUUUUCUUUGCUCAAGGCCACAUAGCUAGCAAGUUGAGAUACAGAAAUUCAAAUCCAAGGCAGCAACACACAUAAUCACUACACUACACUGUUUACUACUCCUAAAUAAUAACAUAGACACGUUUGUCUUAAGCAUUUUACUCUGUCCUAUUAUUAGUAGUAUGCUUAUUUUUGUAUAUUUUCUUAUCAUUUCAUUUUUCUGUCCUUUUUAAUUUAUUUUAUCAUUUUCCCUUUAUUCUUUGUAAAUAACUUUUGCUCUUAUGAUUUUGUUUGCCCUUUUUCACACUUGGCUUAUAUGUAUAUAUUCCCAUAAUUGCUUCCUUUUUCACUUAAUCUCAGUGAUAAUUCAACAGUUUUCUAUAACUAAUUCACUAACAGUUUAGCAAAGUAAAAACUCCACUCAUUAAAAAAAAAAAUUUUUACUUUACUUUUUUUUACCUGUGUCCUUUUACCCAUUCUCUUCUGUUUCCCUCACUUGAUGUUACAUUUUUAAUUCUCUCCCAUUUUCUUUUCUUUUUCAUUUCCCAUGUGGUUUUCAUUUCCAAGUUAACAUAAUGCUGCAAUUUUGCUUCUGUAAAUCAGAGCUUCAAAAUCAACUGAGUAUUGCUGUUUAUUUUUAGGCCUUAUUUAAUCUUACUUUUGACUGGUUUUGUAAUAUAUUCUGUUCUUUCUUUAUUCAGCACAUAUUAAGUCAACAGAGAUAUGUACAAAUAUAUGUACCCCUGCUUUAAGGACUCCUUUUGUAAAACAUUUCAAACAAUGCAAGAAUUCAAAGAAAAGGGUUUUUUUGUUUGUUUGUUUGUUUUUUAAUCUAGGGCUUCUCUUAUAUUAGUGAUUAAUCCCAAAUAUACCCAUCUUUAACUUGAGUUCUGGACCCAAAUUUUUUGCUGCUCUUUGAAUAUCUGUUUUUGAAUAUCCCAUAAAUACUUUAUUCAUUACAUCUAAAACACAUUAUCACCUCCACUUCAUUAUUCUCAAAGAUAAAACCUAACCUGUGCUUUUAUGAAUCAGUACUAUAUUUCAAAUUUUUACUCAUCAUCUGCCAUCCCCUUAUCUGAGCUAAAAGUCAUAACUUGAAUUUAACUCCUUCUUUUCCUCCUACUUCUAACUCAACUGUUGACCAAAAUCUGUUUUUCACAACCUCCAAAAUAUUUCUCACCCACCUCUUUCUCUUCACUUUCUUGGGAGCAAGCACUUACUAACUUUAACAUGGACUUUUUCAGUAGUCUCCUUACUAUCUUCCUUGUAUCUUCCUCUUUCACCUCAAUACUACCAAAUUUUCCAAAAGAGCUAAUCAUACCUCAUUUCCUGUAGAAAGAGAUCAUGUACUCCAGUCCACAAUCUGGCCCCAUUGUACCAUUUCAAACCCAUAUCUUACCACUUUCCACCACCUGUAGUUUGCUUUAGUCACAUCAAAUAAUCUGAGCUCUUCUACACUGUCAAAUACUUACCUUGUGCUGUGAUUUGUUCUGUACCUUUUCUCUAGAAUAUUUUCCUCCUGUUCUUUUCCCUAUAAGUUUGAUAAGUUUCCAAGACCCAGCUCAAAUUUAUCUCCUUUAUAAAGCCUUUUUAACAUUCUCAUGACCUGGGAGAAGUUCAUUUCCAUCCUCCCACAUUAUCAUGUUCAUAUUUCUAGCACAAAAUUACCACUUUAAAAAUACCAGUUGGUAUGUGUUUGUGUUUUUGAGAUAGAGACCAAUUAUUAUUCAUGUCUUUGAAUCCUUGUACUUAGUACAGUGACUGACACAUGGGAGGUACUCAGCAAAUAUUUGCAGAAUAAAUAUGUUGACUUAAAAAAAUUAAUGCUCUUUUCUAAAAAAAGAAUAAUUUGAAAGGAAAAAAAUGGUGAAUAAUGGUAUAGCCUAGUAAAGGAAUGAAGAUAAAAGAAGCAUGCUAAAAAAGUCAGAACAAAAAAGAGGAUCAAUAAUAUAUUGUGAACACUUUGGAGAAUAUGGGUAAAAUUGAUUGUAGCAGAAACAAUUGAAAGGCAAGGAGGUAAAGAAGGAAAGGAAAUAGGCACAUUAGAAUAAGAGAAAAAGCACAAAAAUCAGUGAGACCAUCAGAUUUCAGUCUGAGAAUAUUUCUAGUUGACCAACAUGCCUAUAGUUAGUUGCUUUUAUGUUGUAUAAAUAGUAUCUAGUGAACUUUUAAUUAUCUAUCAAUUACUUUACAAUUUUUCAUCUGAAAAAGUGAUUUUAGUUCAGUGAUAAAUACCUUAAUCAAUAUGCCAUAUGAGGUAAAUUUUUUACCAUGCUACUGUUAAGAAACUGGUUUAAGGCUUAAUUUUCACCCACUGAUGGGAGUGUGCACCUGCUGAACUCCCAAUUUUUUCCAAGGAGUUUGUGUAGGUGAGCAGUGAGGUAUGUUAGACUGAGCAUGCAGGGACAAAAGAAGUACUGGAGAUUAUAUUUCUUUGUGUUUCUCUUAUUUAGCCCACUUGCAUUAUCAUGCAGUAUGUUUACUUAUGCACUCAGAACUUUAAAAUAAAAGUACUUUGACUUUCAAAUUGA